AGUUCAUAGAUUGCAAUUUUAGACUUCAAAUAGCAUAUAUGUAUAUAUGGCAGAUUUACCAGGACCAUUCAAUUUUCAAUAAGUAAUUUUCCGAAAAAUCUUAAAUACCUGGACAAGCUGUAGUAUCCCUCAAUUAAUCGAAAAAAAACGAAUUUUGAAGCAAAGGGGACGCUGCCCUCUGCCGUUCCUCUUCGCCGGCUCUGUCCGUGCACUCCAAGGAAGAAGAAGACGCUGGUGGUGGUGACCGGCGUCUGACGGCGACGGAGACAGAGGAAGCAUGAGUGGUUGACGAUCAAAGGGAAAAAAAAAGGUGCGCCUUUGCAAAAGCAUCACCACUAGAAUUUCCCGAAAAACGGAAACCACAACUUCUCCAUGCAUGCUUUUAUACUGCGAUUCUGCACUUGCACCCCAAGUGUUUGCGGAAAUUCCCCACAGAAGAAGAUUUAUGUUUUUACAUUGCAAAUCCGCACUUGCACUCCAAGUGUUUGUGGAUAUUCCUCACAGAGCUUUGGCACCACAACAUGGCUUGCAUGAGGCUUGGCUCCAAAUCUGAUGCAUUUUACCGUGAAGGCCAGUCCUGGCACUGCUCGUCUGGCCUUCCAAGUGAUGUUACAAUCGAGAUCGGAGAAAUGUCGUUUUACUUUCACAAGUUCCCAUUGUUAUCCAGAAGUGGGCUAUUGGACAAGCUCAUCAGAGAGUCAAGCAUCAACGACGGAUUAUCAUCAUCAUCAUCAUCAUCAACCUGCAUUUUGCAGCUGGGCGACAUCCCCGGAGGCGCCAAGGCGUUCGAGCUGGUGGCCAAGUUCUGCUACAGCAUAAAAAUAGAGCUGACGCCGUCGAACGUCGUGAGCGUGCGGUGCGCGGCGGAGUACCUCCAGAUGACGGAGGAGUACGGCGAGGGGAACCUCAUCACGCAGGCCGAGGCCUUCCUCAACCAAGUCUUCGCCAGCUGGGCCGACACGAUCAAGGCGCUGGAAACGUGCGAGGAGGUCCUGGCGCAGGCCGAGGAUCUCCACAUCGUCGCCCGGUGCAUCAACUCGCUGGCGGCGAAGGCGUGCUCCGACUCCAAAACGCUCCUCAACUGGCCCGUCGCGGCGGCGGCGGCGGCAUCGGCAGCGGAAGCUUUGAAUCCUUCCCCGCGAGUGAAGGGUCUCGACUUGUGGAACGGGAUCGUGAGCGCCGGGCCCGCGAAGCCGGCCGCGGUCCCCGGCGGCGGCGGGGACGACUGGUGGUUCGAGGACGUGAGCUUCAUAAGCUUGCCGUUCUUCAAGCGGUUCAUCGUGGCGAUCGAGGACGGGGGGAUGAGUUGGGAGCACAUCGCGAGGUCCCUCGUGUACUACGCGACGAAGUACAUCCCGCUGAUGAACCGGCAGGCGUCCUUCAAGGACGCCAGCCAGGCCAAGUGCAGCUCGAAGAUCUCCACGCCUUCCGAGACGGACCAGAAGGCGCUGCUGGAGGAGAUCGUCGAGCUGCUCACCAGCCAGAGAGGGGUGGUGGAGACAAGGUUCCUCCUCCGGCUCCUGCGCACCGCGAUGAUGCUCCGGACGAGCCAGGUGUGCAGGGACAGCCUGGAGAAGCGGGUGGGGAUGCAGCUCGACCAGGCGUCCCUGGACGACCUCCUCAUCCCCAACACCGGGUACUCCGCCGAGACGCUCUACGACAUCGACUGCUUCCAGAGGAUCCUCGACCGCUUCCUGCUCCUCGACCAGGCCUCGGCCGCCGCCACGCCGAUGAUGAUCACGGAGGAGGAGAACCAGCAGGGGGUGGUGGACGAGGGCGCCCACACCCUGACGUCCAUCACCAGGGUCGCCAACCUGGUGGACUCUUACCUUGCGGAGGUGGCUCCGGACGCUAAUCUCAAGCUCACUAAGUUUCAGUCCCUCGCCGCUGCCAUCCCCGACUAUGCACGGCCGCUUUCCGAUGGCAUCUAUCGCGCCAUCGAUAUUUAUCUAAAGGCACACCCGUGGCUUACGGACUCGGAGAGGGAGCAAAUGUGCAGGCUAAUGAACUGCCAGAAGCUGUCGCUGGAGGCGAGCACGCACGCGGCCCAGAACGAGAGGCUGCCCCUGAGGGUGAUCGUCCAGGUCCUGUUCUUCGAGCAGCUCAGGCUGCGCACCUCGAUUUCCGGCUGGUUCUUCGUGUCCGAUAAUAUGGAGGGGAACGAGGAGGGGAACCGAAUGGAAGACAUGAGGCAGAGGGUGGCCGAUCUGGAGAAGGAGUGCGAGAACGUGAGGGAGGAAGUGCAGAAGCUGGUCAAGGCUAAGAGGGGCUGGAACAUUUUCUCCCGGAGAAAGUCGCGUUACGGCUUUAAGGCGUCAAAGCCUUGCGCCGCGCCACCGCCCGCGCCGCCGCUUAAGGUGGAGCCAGUUAACAUCAGCGCCAAUGCAAAUGGUAAUUUGCCAAAAAAAUAGUCUGCUUUUUUGUUUUUACUUUAUCCAUGAGUUCACAAGGAUAGAUAGCUAUAUUCACUUGGUUCAUUUACAUUCUAAGACGGUCUCGUACUAUUCGUCAAGUUUGACUAUUUCGAGUCAAAAUUGGAGAAACUUUGAUUAUCAAAUACGGGGUAAAUAAAAGUUAUGUCUGAUA